AUGACUCCAACCACACCAGGCACCACCAUCACCACACCUUCAGAAGAGACACCCACGUCAACACCCAUGCCAGGCACAGAGACCUGUGUGGUGGAAGGAGACCCUCACUACCACACAUUCGACAAGCAGCUACACAACUUCAUGGGCACCUGCACCUACACCCUCUCCAAGCUGUGUGAGAGCAACAGCUCCCUGCCCUACUUCAAUGUGGAAGCAGCCAACGAGCACAGGAGAGGCAACACUCGUGUGUCCUACGUCCGAUACGUGGAUGUCGAUGUGGCUGACCAGCGGAUAAGGCUGGGGCAGGGUGGAGUGGUGACGGUGAAUGGAGUGGCAGAGAUCCUGCCUUGCAGCCCAUCCGCAGGUGUGCAGGUCUUGUCCAGUGGAUUCUACACUAUGGUCAUGACAGACUUUGGCUUGAGAGUGAAGUUUGAUGGGGUCCAUCGGGUGGAGGUGACACUUCCAAGUACCUUUGGGCAGAAGGUUUGUGGCAUGUGUGGGAACUACAACGGGAUGGCAGCAGAUGACUUCCUGAACCCGGAAGGGAUGCUGGAGCCAGACUCUACCAGCCUGGGCAACAGCUGGGAGGUGUCCAAAAACAGCAGCUGCUCAGCCGGACCGCUCCCCACCCCAGCCUGCAAUGACACGGACGAGCAGGUGGUCGCCAGCAACCGCUUCUGUGGGCUCCUCAUUGACACCAGUGGCCCCUUUCAGAUCUGCCACGCUGUGCUGAGCCCCAGCAGUUACUUUGAGACCUGCUCGUAUGACCUGUGUGAGCUGGGGCUGGACCAGGAGACCCUGUGCAAGAGCUUACAGUCCUAUGCGGAUGCCUGUCAGGCACUUGGGGUCCAGAUACCCGUGUGGAGGAACACAACCUUCUGCCCGAUCACCUGUCCGGCCAACAGUCACUAUGAGCCCUGUGCUGCUGCCUGCCCUGCCACCUGUUUUGACCCAAUGGCUCCAGUCACCUGCAGCCUGCCGUGCGUGGAGGGCUGUGUGUGUGACAGCGGGUACCUGCUCUACCACGACCAAUGUGUGCCCAGCCAGCAGUGUGGGUGUUGGCACAACGGGCAGCACUACCCCGUGGGCUCUGAGUUCUGGACGGACAACAGCUGCUCCUCCAAGUGCACGUGUCCCGCACGGGGAAGCAAAGUCCAGUGUUUCGAAGCCUCAUGCCCUGCGGGCCAGUACUGCGGGGUGCAGGGUGGGAAACCCGUGUGCCUCGAACACUCCUACGGCAUCUGUCACGUCCACGGGGACCCUCACUACAACACCUUUGACAAGGUGACGCACAACUUCAUGGGCAACUGCACCUACACCCUGGCCAAAGUGUGCUCCAACACCACCUCCCUGCCCUACUUCAAUGUGGAGGCCAAGAACGAGCAUCGUGGCAACAGCAGGGUGUCCUAUGUGCGCGAAGUGCUGGUUGAGGUGUACGGACAGCGCAUUGCCAUCCUCAAGCAGGAGAAGAGCCAAGUGCUGGUGAACGGCGUGCGCCAGACCCUGCCGGUGAGGGCAGCGGGAGGUGCGAUCACAGUGAGCAAGAGCGGCCGCUACGUCGUCCUGGAGACAGACUUCAGCCUCACAGUGUCCUAUGACACUGACCACUCGGUGGAGGUGAAGGUGCCCACCACCUACUUCAACCUGACCUGUGGCAUGUGCGGGAACUUCAACAACAGGAGAGACGACGAAUACAUGAUGCCCAACGGGCAGCAAGCCGCAGACUCCAAUGCGCUGGGGGAGAGCUGGCAGGUCCCAGACAGUGACCCCUCUUGCGGUGUCCCCGUCCCCUCCCCACUCUGCAGUGCAGAGGAGGAGGAGCUCUACAAGUCGGACCACUUCUGUGGCAUACUGACCAGCAGGCCCAGCUCUUUUGAGACGUGCCACAGUGUGAUCAACCCCCAGAGCUACUUUGACACCUGCCUCUACGACCUUUGUGCCCUGAAUGGUGGCCAGGAGUUUCUGUGUGCUGCUCUGGAGGCCUACGCUGACGCGUGCCAGGCAGCCGGCGUGACUCUUCUGCCCUGGAGGAAUGCUACCUUCUGCCCCCUGAAGUGUCCUUCCAACAGCUCCUAUGACCCUUGCAUGACCGGCUGUCCUGCCACCUGUGUUGACCGACAAGCCCCACAGAACUGCUCCAAGCCCUGCGUGGAGGGCUGUGCGUGUACCUCUGGCUUCCUCCUCAGCGGAGACACCUGUGUGCCCGAGGCCCAGUGUGGCUGCCUCUUUGAGGACAACUACUACAGCGAAGGCGAGUACUCCGUGAACGAGAAUUGCACUCGCCGGUGCCGGUGUGAAGCCAACGGCCAGAUGGUUUGCUCUGCCUUGUCCUGUGGCGAGGAGGAGGUCUGCAAGAUCCAGAACGGCCAGAGGGACUGUUACCCAGCCAGCACUGCGCUCUGCCACAUCUACGGUGACCCGCAUUACAGCACCUUUGAUGGGAAGCUUCACCACUUCCAGGGCUCCUGCAACUACACCGUUGUGACAGGCUGUGACAACUCCUCCAUCGGGUUCAGUGUCACCACCCGCAACGAACAUCGUGGCAGCCAGAGCUGGACAGCUCUGAACUCUGUGGCACUGUCCCUGGAAGGCCUCCACGUUGCACUGCGCGAGCGCAAGGCCGUCUACGUCAACGGUGCUCUGGUCUCCCUGCCUGCUUCUCCUGCCCCCGGUGUGACCAUUUCCCUGAGCGGCUCCUACGUGCAUGUUUCCACCAAGCUGGGCCUGCAGCUGCAGUUCAACGGGGACCACGAGCUCCUCGUGAAGGUGUCUGAGAAGCACAAGGGCAAGCUCUGUGGGCUGUGUGGGACGUACACUGGGAGCCAGCAGGACGACUUCAUGCGCCCCGAUGGAGUUGUCGUGCCUGACUUCAAUGACUUUGGAGCCAGCUGGAUGGUGCCGGAUGAUGAGUGGCUGUGUGACCCAGCCAUCGGCCCACCUGUGUCCUGCUCCCCUGCCGAGGAGGAGGCAGCUAACGAGCAGUGUUCAAUCCUCACGCAUCUGGGUGGCCCGUUCCAGCCAUGCCAUGCAGUUCUGUCACCCCAGACCUACUUUGAGAGCUGUGUCUAUGACCAGUGUGCCACGGGCAACAGCACGGAGCAGCUCUGCAAUGACCUGGGGGCCUAUGCCACAGGCUGUGUGGAGGCAGGUGUUGCCCUGGGAGACUGGAGUGCUGGCACUGUCUGUGCUCCUACACCCUCGCCCCCCUUGCCAGACACUACAACACUGCCUCCACAUACAACAACCUCACCGGCACCUGGGACAAGCACAGCUCCCCCGACAGACUGCAAUUUCACCUGCACAUUCGACAAGGACUUCUGUGGCUGGGUCCAGGCAGACUACAGCAGCAUUGACUGGAUAAGGAACAAAGGUCCAACGCCCACACCAAAUACCGGCCCCUCCUCUGACCACACAACUGGAGACGGCUACUACAUCUACCUGCAAGGGACUGAUGAUGCUCUCUCCGGGUUUGUGGCUGUCCUGGUCGGUCCGGUGUGCAGCUGGGAAGGAACGCACUGCUUCCGCUUCUGGUACCACAUGUACGGAAACUCUGAAAUGGCCCUGCGGGUGUACGUGGCAAAGGACUCUGAGCAAGUGGAGGUGUGGAAUCAAGAAGGGAACCAUGGGGACAUGUGGCAUUUGGGAGAGGUGACGGUGCACAUCACAGGAAAUACGCAGAUUUUGCUGGAGGGACAGUGGGGCGAAGACGCCCGGAGCAACGUAGCAUUGGAUGAUCUGUCCAUUGAAAAGGGAUCCUGUGCAGGUGAACCAACAGCAACACCCACGAUCCCACAGCCAGGCACUACAACGCAGACAACAUUAAGACCACCAACAACACCAUCGGGGACGACCUCAGGUCCACUUCCUUCUACACCCUCAACCCCACUGCCUAACAUCACGACUCAGACAACAACAAGACCACCCACAACACCACCGGGGACGACCUCAGCUCCUACACCCUCGCCCCCCUUGCCAGACACUACAACACUGCCUCCACAUACAACAACCUCACCGGCACCUGGGACAAGCACAGCUCCCCCGACAGACUGCAAUUUCACCUGCACAUUCGACAAGGACUUCUGUGGCUGGGUCCAGGCAGACUACAGCAGCAUUGACUGGAUAAGGAACAAAGGUCCAACGCCCACACCAAAUACCGGCCCCUCCUCUGACCACACAACUGGAGACGGCUACUACAUCUACCUGCAAGGGACUGAUGAUGCUCUCUCCGGGUUUGUGGCUGUCCUGGUCGGUCCGGUGUGCAGCUGGGAAGGAACGCACUGCUUCCGCUUCUGGUACCACAUGUACGGAAACUCUGAAAUGGCCCUGCGGGUGUACGUGGCAAAGGACUCUGAGCAAGUGGAGGUGUGGAAUCAAGAAGGGAACCAUGGGGACAUGUGGCAUUUGGGAGAGGUGACGGUGCACAUCACAGGAAAUACGCAGAUUUUGCUGGAGGGACAGUGGGGCGAAGACGCCCGGAGCAACGUAGCAUUGGAUGAUCUGUCCAUUGAAAAGGGAUCCUGUGCAGGUGAACCAACAGCAACACCCACGAUCCCACAGCCAGGUACUACAACGCAGACAACAUUAAGACCACCAACAACACCAUCGGGGACGACCUCAGGUCCACUUCCUUCUACACCCUCAACCCCACUGCCUAAUAUCACGACGCAGACAACAACAAGACCACCCACAUCACCACCUGGGACGUCCUCAGGUACUGCCCUGGGUCUCUUGAAUCAGAAUGUUGGGUUUUUCGGGAAGGGUGGACAAGCUGCAUGCAACAAAACACCCCUGCUGACACUGCCCAUUUCUUCCUCUGUCUCUUCAUAG